AUGGAGACCAAGAUUUCUAGUAGUGAUAGAAGGGAGAUUGAUUGCUUUAUUGGCAAGGAUUGGGAUUAUUGGCAUUAUCCGGCUAUUGGUACUUCUGGUGGGAUUUUGGUGUUAUGGAAUGUGACUUUGGUUUCUUUUAUGGUUAAGGAAUCAUCUUCUCAGGUUAUUGUUGGUGACCUUAUGAUUCCUAAUAUGGGGAGUUGGAGAGUUGCUACCGUGUAUGGUAGUAGAUGUUGUGUGGAGAGAGGCAAUUUAUGGAAGCAACUUGAAGAUUGUAUGGAGGACUCUAUUCCCUCUAUCAUAGGGGGGGAUUUUAAUUGCAUUUUGAGCAAGGAAGAUAAGAGAGGAGGCAAGAGAUUUCUUUUCUCUAAAGGUCCUAAAGAGAUGAAAGGAUUUAUGGUGAAUUUGGAUUUUCAUGACAUUGGCUAUAUUGGGCCAAGGUUUACUUGGUGUAACAACAAGGAUGGGACCUCACGUAUUUGGGAGAGGUUGGAUAGAUGUCUUUUAAAUUCAUCUGCCAUUCAAAAGGUCCCUCUUGUUGUUAUUAAACACCUAGCAAGAAUAGCUUCAGAUCAUAGUCCAAUUGCUCUUAAAUUGGAUGCUGAAGCUCGUUUCAAGUCUAAAAUUAUCAGGUUUGAAGAUACUUGGAGAUCUUAUCCGGCAUGUAAGGGUAUUGUCAGCUAUUCAUGGAAGAAAAAGGAUGUGGGAAAUGAGAAUGAAGUGCUUCAGAAGAAGACCAGCCGAACACUAAAAACAAUAUUUUUUUGGAGUAGAAACAAAUGCAAAGACUUGAAUACUCUAAAGGAAAAUCUGAAAAAUGAGAUUAUUGAUCUUCAAAGGAAGGAGGCUUUGGGAGAGAGUUGGACUGAGGAGGAUCUUAAAUUGCUCCGUAAUAAAGUACAUGAGUUUAAUGUUACUUUAAGAAGGCUAUCUACUUGGUGGAACCAAAGAGCAAAAGAUAAAUGGCAUGAAGAAGGAGAUAUGAAUUGUAAACUUUUCCACAAUUUUGGAACGGCUCGUAGGAAUGGGAAUAGAAUUAAUCAAAUCAAAGAUGAGUCCAACAAUUUGGUAGUAGAUGAGGAUCAAAUCCAGAAAGUUUUUUAUGACUUUUUUGAGAAGAAAUGGCAUCUUAAGGAUUGUUGUUUAAGGGGAUGGCCUUCGGUUUUACUGCAACAGAAGAUUUUUUCUGAGGACAGCAGUAUGCUUAAUUAG